AACAGAGAGUAGAGAAGAUGCUGCAAGUAACCAAUAUUAUCAUAGCGUGCGUAUGCACUUUUUGGGUUACACCAGGAGACGUUUUUGGUGACUUACAAACACGCUCAGAGAACAAUGGUCUCGAUUUUUUUAAGGUAAUUCAGGUACACCCCAACGGCGUUGCCAUACUGGACACCGACGAAGACGGUGAUCUCGAGUGCCUGAAGGCAGUGCGAACGAAAUUUGAAGAGGGACAAGCUGCCGAUUAUAUUUGGAUUCUCAAAGGCCUCCAUGGUCGUCCGAAACGGAAUAUCACAGUCCACUUCAAGAAAGCAGACCAGCCCGACAGGGCAAUAGUCGCUAUUGAUAAUGAUGAAGAUUGGAAACAAGAAUCAAGGCUUAUCUACGCAGACUACAAAAACUGCGCGGUCAUGGAGAUCCCAUACAAUGACAAUACACAAUGUAUGCUUUGGACCUCGGAAGAGGCGAAAGACAAUGUUCCCAGCCAAUGUACAGAAGAAUUCCGCAAAAACUGCGACAAGGAAGUUGUAGCUUACGAUAAAGCUACUUGCAACCAAGUGUGAAAGGCACUUAUCUACGGCAAUGAUAGCUUUUUCAACAAAUUGUGUAUGGUAGACUAGUUUUUGUCGGACACUCUAAAAUACAUCCGUCUAUAUACCUGCA